GCCGGGGCGCUCGGCUCGCCCCCCCCGGGACUGGCGCUCCCGCUCCGCCGCGACCAAUGGCCCCUCCGCCCGCGGGACGGCCCCGGGACGCGGCCUCGCCGCCCUCCCCGCACCGGCGGCGGAAGUAGGCGAGGGGCGGCCCGGGGCGGUGCGGCCCCACCCGGAAACCCGCGGCCCCGUGACUGCGCAGCGCCGAGCGGAGCCGCCGCCAGCCCGGCCUCGGCCAGGGGCACCCUGGCCCGGUAGGCAGCCGCUGCCGCGGCAGGACGGGCGCCCCAGGAUGAAGCGCGCCGGGACGCUGCGGCAGGUCUCCGACUUGAGCGACUUCAGCCGAGGCCACUGGCUGCGGGAGCUGCUGUGCCGCGGAGAAGAGCCCAGCCACGUCCAGCCCAGCCCCGACGGACAGCACCUCCUGGUCCUGCAGAAGAACGGGCCGCCACCCCUGCCCCGGGUGGUGGCCUUCCAGCGCCACAGCAUCGCCGGAGCCGACCUGGAGCGGAGCUGGCAGCCACCCCAGCCAGCCCUUGUGGGACUGCUCUUCCUGCAGAGCCCUGUGGUACUGGACUCUUGGGUACUGGCCAUGGUGUGGGAACACGGCCGGACCGAGGUCUGGCACUUUGUGGUGUCCGUGGGCUGGCAGCUGCUGCAGAGGCUGGAGCUCUGCCAGGGCGCCCGGGCACGAAUUGUCUCCGUGUGCAGCCAGGGAGCCAGCCUCGUGUGGUGUGAGGAGAGGCCGCCCCUGGAUGCCCACUCAGACAUGAGCAAGUGUGCCUUCAGGUUCUGUGUCUGUGCCCGUGCUCUGGAGGUGGGGGAGCAAGGUGUGAGGCUGGGCACCGUGAGGAUGAUCCUGCACAACAGCCCUGAGUAUCAGGUCCUGGCCUCCCCUCAGCACAUCUUCCUGGUGCCUGCUGCUGCCGGCUUUGCCACCACUUCCAAAUUUCUCCUCACCUGGCAUCCUGAGACAGCAAAACUCACCAUCACAGCCCCCUCUGCAGGCUUCAUCCACAGCAAGGUGCUGCACUCCAGCAGCGAGUCAGAUUUCAGAAAACUCCUGCUGGGUUCUGUGGGCCUUCUCUCAGGUUUAACACCUCUGGACAUUCACACCUCUGCUGUGUCUAACAGUGGGGGUCUGCUGUUGGUGAGCACAAAGGGUGCUGUGAACAUGGUGGAGCCAGAUGGGACACAGAGGCAUAUCUUUGACCUGGAGGUGGACUCCCUGGCCCCGGGGAGUCCUGUCCGGCUGAAGACCUUCGGCAGCAUCCUGGCCUGUGUGCUGGCUGGAGUCCUCUACCUUGUUGACCAGAACAGUGGAAGGCUCAUACAAAAGGAAGUUCUAAGCAUGAAAGAGGUGCAUUUCCUGGAGGCCCCGGGAGAUGAGGACAGUAUCCAGUUCCUCUCUCAAGCUGGCAUCUAUAGCUUUAGUUUCUCCAAACCUGAAGAUAGCAGCAGACCUGAGCCAUGCCUGGUGGAGAUGGUGUUUGAGGAGGCCUGCAGAUACUACCAGAGGAGGAGCCUCAGCAGCUCCAAGCUGACAGUGGAGAAGUUGAAGAAAGGUGGUGCAUUCCAGGCUCCUGUGGCCCUCGCUUCCAUCCUGCAGCACAGCCUCCACCAGAAACAAAAGCCAGCCCAAGGCCUGCAAGAAACUUAUGCCAAGCUGUUGAGCACAAUGAGCCUGGAGCUGCAGAGCUACAGGAGCCUGGAGCUCCUCAAAACCUGUGUGGUGUGUGCCCCAGAGAGUGAGGUGGAAAGCUACUGCAAGGAACUGGUGGAGCAGGAGGUCAGCCGCAUUCUGCACUCUGACAUGGACAAGGACAAUUUGGCCUACCUCAACUCUGUCUUUGACUCUUUCCCCAAGGCUGCCUGGAAGGCCACAAGGAGCUGCCUGCAGCUGCAGCAGAAUGGGGACGGCCUCUUGGUAGCCAGGGCCACCCCAGAGGUGUGGAAGAAGGUCCUGGGAGGCCCGCAGCUGGACGACGUGGGUCAGAAUGGGAUGGUCCCACUCUUUGAGCUCAUCUGCGCCUCCUUCCUGAGGUUCAAACCCAAGUGGUUGCCCAGUUUUGUGGAGCUGACCCAGCAGUACGUUGGCAUGUCUUGGGCGUACAGCAGCAAGGAGGGCCCAGAGGGCCGGGUGCCACUGUACAAGAGAGCACUGGGAGUACUGGCCCGGAAGAACAAACAUAGUGAGGGAGACAGUGAGAUGGAGCUGGAACUGCUGCUCUGCAGCAAGAGGCCUAAGGCUGUGCUGCAAGCUCUGCACCUUCUUAUCCGUCUGAAGCGGUGGCAGCGGGUGGUGGAGGUGGCAGAGAAGUUCUCCAAACUCAGCCCCUUGCUUAACAAGGAGAUAUUCACCACGCUGCUGGCUGAGUUUGCCCAGCACCGGGAGCUGGACCCAUAUCUGGACAGGCUGUGGCCACUGUGCCCUGCUGAGCUCACUGCCUUAGACAUCCUCACCGUGGUCCUGCAGAACCUCCCUCACUCCCAGGAGGACCCAGUGCCUUUCUCCAGCGAGGGGAACCAGCUGACUGUGGGCUUGCUUAAGCCACUGCUGCAAAGGGUUGUGCAGCGUCCCAGUGUCCAGAAUGAGAUGUACUUGGAUGCCUUGCAGAGUCCCACCUUCCCCCCUCCUACCCCACCCCGAGAGCACAAAAUCCCCUCAAAAGCAGCAGCUGAUGAUGUCCCUCAGCCAUCAAUGGCAAGGACUUCCUCACCCUCAGCACUGGUACAGGAUGACAGUGUGUGACGGGGGGAAGGACAACCUGAUCCCAAGCCUUGGGUGUACGAGGAAGGGAAAGCCGUAUGCACCCCAGGAAAUCCUACCCUGCCUGGCAGUAUGGAAGCCUGCUCCUUUCUGAAGCCUCCCUGUAGCAGCAUCUUGAAGAGCCUGUUGGGUGGCUGGGGUUGGGGGAUCUCUUCUGAGCCAGGGCAGGCUUUCUGGCUAUUCCUAUGAAGUGCAAUUGUGUGUGUCCAGUGGAGGAGCAAAUGCCAGGUGCAUUUGUAGAUGAAAAUGCUGGUUGCACUACAGGACUACAGAACUGCUCCCUUCCCAAAGCACUUUGUUUUCAGUUUGCUUGGCACCUUUACAACUCCCACUUCUACUUCCCUGAUCCUCUAGGACUUGUGGUGGAGCAAUGGGCAGGGACACACAGAGUGUUGUCUCCCAGUUCUCUGCUCAGUGAGUUGGGUGGUGCCUCCGAGCUCUGCCUGUGAGAAACAGGGCAUGUUUCCUGCAGUGGGGUCACCAAGUCCUGCUUCUUUGGGCUCAGUCAGAUGCUAAAUGCCAGUGUGGCACAGCUCUGUGGCACUCGAGGUCCCAGCACACGUGCUGGCAGCUGCAGCACUCUGCACGCUGUCUCACCACAGUUCCUCUGGGAUCAAUCCUGUAGCUGUGACUGAUUGCAGCUACUUAGCUGAAGAGAGCAGCCUAAUUCCCUUAUCUCUCUAUCCCAGACAGUACCCAAACUCUCUUCUGAGCUGAGAAGCUGGCAGCAGCCUGUGUGAGCUUGGGGCUGGCCCUGCCUCUCCCUUUCCUUUGUGGAAGCUUAGAUUAUGCUGCAGGACACCCAGGCCCUCUGUUCCCAUCUCCUCUACCUUUGCCCUUUGCACACAAAGGGGCUUUGUCAGGGUUGUCUGGCUCAUAUUGUGCCUCUGUUUGCAAAGUCAGUGUAACUUGAGAGCAGUUGUGCAGGAAGAUCCAGGUUCCAGCCUCACUCUGGUACCCUCUGCCUGGCCCCCUCCACCAGGAGGGAGACCCUAGCUAUGGCUUUGCCUCUGCAUUCUGGGCUGUGGUGUAAAGGAGCUGUCUCUUGCCUUGCUGGGCUGGGGGAGAUUCACCUGCAUUAGUCCUCUUGAGAGUGGUCUGAAGUGUGGAAGACAGACUCCUUUUAAAAAUAAAGGUUCCUAAAGCA